UUUCUCGCUCCUUGGUUGGUUGUGGGGUUGCGUGUGUGUUACCGGUAUGCCUGAGCCCGCGAAGUCGGCGCCGGCUCCGAAGAAGGGGUCGAAGAAAGCGGUGACCAAGGCGCAGAAGAAGGAUGGCAAGAAGCGCAAGCGCAGUCGUAAGGAGAGCUACUCGGUGUAUGUGUAUAAGGUGCUGAAGCAGGUGCACCCGGACACGGGCAUCUCGUCCAAGGCCAUGGGCAUCAUGAACUCGUUCGUGAACGACAUCUUCGAGCGCAUCGCGGGCGAGGCGUCGCGUUUGGCGCACUACAACAAGCGCUCGACCAUCACGUCGCGGGAGAUCCAGACGGCCGUGCGGCUGCUGCUGCCUGGCGAGCUGGCGAAGCAUGCCGUGUCGGAGGGCACCAAGGCCGUCACCAAGUACACCAGUGCUAAGUGAGCCCGCGAGUGAGGGUCUCGCUGCCCCCAAAGGCUCUUUUCAGAGCCACUUAAGGCUGUCAAUAUUGGGUGCUGUACACGUGGGGUGUAAGCUGUGGUUCGUUCGGAGUACAGAGCUCUGUGACCGGAUAAAGGGAAUGCUGCUGUCUAAGCGUGGUGCUUGCAACGGCUGGGUUA